AUGAAUUCAUCCUUUUCGCACGCUGGGUCAGAUCGACCGACUUCGAUAGUCGCUGCUGAGCCCUCAGCUCGACCCACUUCGUCGCAUCGAAAUGUUUCUGUCACAGCCGCCUCCGUGGAAAGACAUUUCGUAGGUGGAACAUCUACUUCGGCUAUUCCUCAUCAGCAGCAGCGUCCAGCAGCUUCGGCAGCCCUCUUCGAUUUUGAUGCAGCUGCUGGUAGUGGAAACGGUGGCGGUUCGGACAAUGGUUGUAAAAGUGGUGGUAAUAACAAUGCCGUCUGUUGCAAUGGUGUAGUUAAUCAUCCAGCCUCCGUCUCUGUGACUCCAAUUACUGCUGCAACUGCUGCCCUGCCACCAAAUGGUCCCGAGAGACCUCAACCUACCGGGGCUGGGCAAGAUCCACCCGGUGCGAAUAACUCGAUGGAUCUGGUCAGUCUUUUUGAAUGCCCAGUGUGCAUGGACUUUGCUCUACCGCCGAUUUUACAGUGUCAGAGUGGACACAUCGUGUGCGCCAGCUGUCGUAGCAAACUUUCCUCAUGUCCAACUUGUCGUGGAAAUCUUGAAAAUAUUCGCAACUUGGCAAUGGAGAAGUUGGCAGCUACCAUUCUCUUCCCCUGCAAAUACGCCGUAACUGGGUGCACAGAGACCUUCCAUUACACUGCCAAGGCCGAGCAUGAGGCUAUUUGCGAACACAGACCCUACAGUUGUCCAUGUCCAGGAACUUCGUGCAAAUGGCUUGGCCAAUUGGAUCAAGUAAUGCCACAUUUACUUCAAAGCCACAAGAGUAUCACCACUUUACAAGGCGAGGAUAUUGUGUUUUUGGCAACGGACAUCACACUACCCGGGGCGGUGGAUUGGGUGAUGAUGCAGUCCUGUUUCGGACACUACUUCAUGCUUGUCCUGGAGAAACAGGAACGCGUUUCCUCCUUCUUUGCCCUCGUCCUCCUCAUUGGGACCAAGAAACAGGCCGAUCAAUUCGUCUACAAGCUGGACCUAACUGCAUCGAAAAGACGUCUCACCUGGGAAGCUACUCCCCGAAGUAUCCACGACGGUGUCCAAGCGGCGAUAGAUGCCUCCGAUUGCCUCGUCUUCGAUUCCAAAAUGGCCCAGCUCUUUGCUGACAAUGGAAGUCUAGGCAUUAAUGUGACAAUCUCACGGGCUCGUGGGGGAGGUAGUUCUGGCAACAACAUUGUAGGGGGAAGUAGCUGCAGCGGCGGCGGAACGGCGGCUAGUGGACCUGGUGGCAGUGGAAACUCCACUGUUUGGGCGUGA